AUGAUACCUUAUUCCUCGUACGCUGCGGCACUUGAUCAAAUCCACAGCAUAAAUCAGGAGCUGUCAGUGUUGGCUCAGAAUGGACGAUACUUUCCCUUGGAAGCUGGUGGCACUAACCUCGGUGCACCAUACUUAAUCGGAUUAAACCAGUGGUCGCUUCCGUUUUCCUUUCUGAAGGCUGCUCACAGGCCGGAAAAGCCACCCUUUUCUUAUAUCGCACUAAUCGCUAUGGCCAUCAGUAGCGCGCCGAAUCAGCGACUAACGCUUAGUGGAAUUUAUAAGUACAUAAUGGAAAAUUUUCCAUACUACCGGGAAAACAAACAGGGCUGGCAGAACUCCAUUCGGCACAACCUUUCACUGAACGAUUGCUUCAUUAAAGUGCCCCGGGAUAAGUCAUCUGUUGGAAAAUCAGCUCAAUCAGCGGACGGAACGGAAUCGAACGAUAGUUCUGGGACCAACGGUUGUGGUGGCAGCGGUAAAGGCAGCUACUGGAUGCUGGACCCGUCGGCUAACGAUAUGUUCGAACAGGGUAACUACCGCCGACGGAGAACGCGCCGUCAGCGAAAUGCGAAAAUGAUUCUAAAUGGCCACUUUCAGACCUCUCCGUUUUCAAUGGCGUUUUCUUCGUCUUCGGUGGCAGCAGCGGCCGCUGCCGCAGAAUUCAUUAAAACAACAGCAACGACGGAUGAUUUUCAUCAUCUGAUAGGCAGCAACAAUUUGGAGGUAAACUGCUUCCCGGGGGCAUCAAUUGGUCAGUCCAUGCUUUCGCGCUCUCCUGGUGCUGGAUCUGGCGGUGCAUUACAGGGAGCUUCCUCGUCUCCAUGCCACUCUGUAAAUUCAACUUGUUCGUCUCCUGCGUUGCUGAACCACCACAAUCAGUAUCUCUAUCAGGACCAACAUCCAGAGCAACAAUCUGCUUCAGGUGGUCUGGCAAUUUCGACAAAUGAAAACAUGAAACGAGAUUUUGAUGAAGCUAACGAUAGCGGUAGCAGCUUAACGAGUUUCCCGACGUCGUCGAUAUCGACAGCCAUGACGACGUUAGACAGCGUAGUAGUUUCCACCAGCGGGUCCUUUGUAAAUUCCACGUGCCAGCGAUUCGCACGAGCUGCUGAUAAUUAUUUAGAUAAUUUUCAAUCGAAUUUCUCAUCGUUGGAUGCAUUCCUGGGUGAACUAAAUGUGGCAAAGGUAAGCGCCUGUCUCACGAACGCCGCGGGCGGCCAUUCGUUAGAGGAACAGCAACGUAGUUGGCGCCAGUUCACCGCCACCGAUGAGCUCUCAGAAGAGAAUUGCUCGAGAAGAACUCUGAACAGCUCGCCGCAGGUGGAGCCACAACAGAGGCAUUCACUAGAAAAACCUUGCAGUGCUUCCGGUCUCGGUAUGGGGUCGUCGAGUGGUUUGCGAACGAAAGCAAGUGGUUUAAAGUCGAGUAAUUUUACCAUCGAAAGUAUUAUGCGUAAACAGUAG